GUGAGCGGUGAGCUCUGUGUGUGUGUGUUUGUGUGUGUGUGUGAUCAUGCUGAGGCUCGGACGACGGGCGCUGGUGGCGUACAAUGCUGCGCUGGCGGCGCAUCCGUUCAAGACAAAUCUGGCUACGGCUGGAGUGGCUACCUUUCUGGGCGAUGUGCUGGCGCAGCAUGUGGAGCACUUUCGGGGCGUGAAGAGAAAGAGCCACGGGAACGGCGAUGGCGGCGAUGGCAGCUGCAACGACGCGAUGGGCGCGACCGGUGCGACGUGCGCGACGGGUGUGGAGGCCAAGCUCGCUGGGAUGCAGGUUGUGGAGGCUGUGGAGGCCGUGAACGGCGGAAUGGGCGGGGCAGGCGGUGGGCGGUGGGCGAUGGUUGCGGACAAGAUGGCGACGAUGGAGCUGGAUUGGACGCGGACGGCGGUGAUGACAUCGUGGGGCGCGACGCUGUACGCUGGCAUUUGGCUGCCGUGGUACAAGAUCAUGGACAAGACGGUGACGUUUACGCGGCCGGUUGUUGCUGCGGCGGCGCUCAAGUCUGGACUGACCGCGCUGAUUGCGGCGCCAGUGGCAAACACGGUCUUUUUCAGCUAUGUCACAACAGUCGAGUACAUGCUGGAAAGCGAGGAGGAGCGUGCCGGCAAGGCUGCGCUCAGCGAUCGAGUGGUGGCCAAGCUUGAUGCCGAGCUGCUGAACACUUGGGCGUCGUCGGCUAAGCUCUGGGGACCGGUCAUGACGCUCAACUGGUGGAUUGUGCCGAUGCAAUACCGGUUCAUUGUCUCUGUCUUUGUCUCUGUGGGGUGGAACACGUUCCUCUCGUUGGUCCAGCAUCGUUGAGGAUGUAAAGCAAUAAAGAGGUGGACAGGCA